GUGCUGAUAUGAUAAGUUACCUAGUAUUUCUUAUCCACCAGCAAUCGCGACUUCCAGACGAACUUUCUCAAGAAUACUCACAUCUUCAAUCCAUCAAUUAUACGAGGAAUCCAUCAAUUAUUCGCGAACUAUUAUCUAUAAUAUAAUCAAGAUGGCUCAAGCGUCUAGUCAGGACUGGAACAGAGGCGAAAAAUCGGGUCUUGUAUCAAUAGGUUCUCACAGUCUCUACAUGGCAGUGUCGGGUCCCGACCGACGAGAAGGCGAACCAAUCGUCGUGUUGAUGACAGGCCUUGGGAGUACCAUCGACGAAUGGGUGGCCGUACGACGACUCAUUGAACCAUUUUCACGGGUCUUGUUUUACGAUCGAUCAGGAUUGGGGAAAAGCGAGGGACCAGCCAAUGCUCCAAAAGCUAUCAGCGCCGUCUCUAUAGCCACGGAGCUCGACACCCUCCUCAAAAAUGCAGGCAUCGAUCCACCAUAUGUUAUACUGUGUCAUUCUCGAGGCGGCAUUACAGCAAGAGAGUUUCUGCAUUUACGCCCCAAUGAUGUUGCGGGAAUGGUAUUCGUCGAUGCGAACCAGGAGAAUACGUUUACGGGUCACGAGGACUUCCCUUCGCCAGGUUUCGAAGCCAUGUUAAUUGGCAUUGAUUACUACGAGAUUGCGGGUAUCAAAUCAAAUACCCCGCUCUCGAAGGAAGAAUUUCAAACUGUGUUGGAUAUACAAGGAAAACCUUCGACCGCGAUCACUUCGAAGGCGGAGGAGGCAGGCGCAAAAGGAGAUUCCUCAGUUCUGGCAGCAAAGAAGCAGCUUCAAAACCAAGCUUUAGGAAACAGGCCAGUCAGUGUUAUCCACGCCAACACAGCUCGAGAUUUUCAGCGGCUGUAUGAAGCUGGUAUUGAGGCGGGCAAUGGAUCUGAAAGUGACCGUCAGGAGUUUCGAGAUAUUGUGGAAUUCUGGAGAGAGACUUCGACUAUGCGUGCCAAAGAGAUACUGGGUCUUUCAAGUGUGCAUAACUUUCGAGAUGCAACGGACAGUGGGCAUAAUAUUCAGCUCCUUGAGCCGGAACUGAUUGUUGACGAGCUGAAGUGGGUUUAUAAUCAUCCGGCAAAGAAGGAUUAGGACGGAUGGGUGUUUUGCUUUUUAGUGUUGAGUUCAAUCAGACAAGUCUUAAAACAACGAGAAUAUGUCCCCAUUGCAGCCCAGAAUUACUCAUAAAAUCCUUCAACCGCUGAGAGCGCCAUCC